AUGGUCUCGGACACGACCUCCUUUUUCGUCGACUCUCUUCCGCGCCAGUUGUACCUGUGGUCCUUGCUUUGGCUUCCCGCGCUGUACUGGCACCGCGUGGCACGCGUGUUUGAAGACGCGGAGGUGAGCAAACCUGAGAUCCAGAGACUGAUCGACGCAUGCGGGGAGUUUGCGCACGACCCAUCCGUGGACACCAUGAUUGCGACUGGAUUUGCGACGCCUACGGGCCCCAAGAGUCCGCCGUUCCCCGGGAUGCCGUUCCCGGAAGAAUGGACACCGCCCGUUGUAUCCCCUGCACUCGCGCGGUUCAAGAACUCGUGGGAGCUUUUCGUAGACACGCUCAUGCGUGAGUGGAAGACCUUCAACCUCGUCUCUGCACUCCUAUGCACAACCAUCCUCACGAUCUUCCAGAUUGAAGACGCGGCCGCGGACCCCAUCACGCGCUGGUCAUCUCUCAUGUCCCUCGUUUUCGCACUGAUGAGCCUCUCGUACGGCUGCGUCUACAUCGUCCAGUUUGGCUCGAUGCGCAGCAUGGACCGCGCCUCGCGCUGGGCCGAGGAGGCGCAGAAGUCGCGCACCGCGAUCUGGUGGAACAUCUGGGUACUCCUCGCAACCCCCGCCAUCUGGCUCGCAUGGUCUAUGAUCUCAUUCUGCGUCGCGAUUCUCAGCUUCGUCUGGCGCACCGGCUCCAUCGACGACACCGGCCCGGACACGGGCUCGCCGGUUGUCGCGCCCCUCACCGCGCGACAGGCGCUCGGCGUGCGCGUCGCGAUCACCGCCGUCUUCGCGUUCGGGCUGUUCAACUUCUUCAUGAUCAUCCGCACGUUCAGCUCGUACUCGCGCCUCGCUGUCCGCCGCGACCGCCGCGGACGCUUCCGCCGCCGCGAGGCCGACCGUGAUGAGCGCGGGGAACGCGGGAGGGAGCGCGAGCGCGCCCGGACCGGUCGGCCGGGCGAGGGCACCCCGUUCAGCAAGCAGGCGUCGGACUCGAUGGUUGGGCUUGGGCUGACCGGCAUGGGCGAGGCGAAGGCGUCGCCCGGCCCUGCGGGGGUGAUCCUGGAGAACGUCGACCUGGAGAAGGGCGAGGGGGUGUAUCUGUCGGGAGACCGAGUGAGAGCACUGAGUGCGGUCUCUCCGAAGUUGUAA